GUUAAAGCCACUUGUUCGGGUGACGCGGUUAAGGUGACAGGAGGGACUUAAAUCAGAGCACAAGACACAAUGGCGAGUGGAAGCAGCCGUUUGGAGCAGGCAAAGUGUGGGGCAGAGGAAGUGAUGCACAUCAUGCUGAAGAACAUCGACAGGAGUCAGGAGCGGUCAGAAAAUCUGGACGACCUGAUGGAUCGCGCAAACAAUCUAAGGAACACGAGCGAUAUCUUCAGAAGGACUUCGGUGAAGGUUACGCAGAAGACCCAACCUAAGACCAGGAAGAGGAAGAUCCUGCUUAUCACCAUCGUGGUGGGGGUCAUCGCGCUGAUGCUCACUGUUGUAGGGAUUGCCCUGCUGAGCAGCGGCAGCUCUGACUCUGAGAAGGACACCUCGGAUGGAGCACUUGCUCUCACCACCACAGCACCUACUAAGAACUAGUGAACACAGUGUGGGAGAAGUGCUUCUACCACUGUAGGCGAGAGACACGGUACUUUUGGAUGAACACAAGGGUGGCUUUGGGGGCUCUUCAUAUUUUUUCUCUCCGGAGGAAUGAGGGAGAGAUGCGUCCCUUGUUCAAGGACGAAAUAGUACAGUUGCCUUGAUGGCUCUACCGACAAUCAUUCUGCCCUCUUCCUGUUUUCUUACUUUUAUUUUUGACUCUGCCAGUCAGACGUCCAAUGAGGUCCAGAAGAAAGGGCAGAAAUAUUUUCUUUAGUCUUAACAAUCUU